UCCAGCAAACUUCAAUCCUCACCUUGUGUCUCCGCUUCCUUGCACUUCAUCCUACUUGAUCCCUCUGCACCUAGCAUCAGGCUCCUACGACCUAUCCAUAUCCCGACUCAGCACUUUGUUUCAACCCUGGUCAAUCCCAGAUCUCUUAUCUUCAGCCAUGACUACCGACGUCGCAAGGAUUUUCCCACGGAGAAAGGCUGGUGAAACAUCCAUUUCUGCUAGCAAAUCAGUUGUUACACUGUCAAAGAAGGACAUCUCGAUGAUGUUUCAUAUGAAGCAAGGAGACGCAGCUAAUAUGCUGGGUAUUUCAUUGACUGCCUUGAAGAAAGCUUGCCGAAGAGUUGGCAUCGACAAGUGGCCUUACGUGAGAGCUACCCCGACGCUGCAGCUUGUUGCUCCAUGCAAAUCGGACGUCGAUUCAAUCCUUGCCUUCUUCCAGGAUUCCACAAAGAACGGCAUCCAAGCCGAAAGGCCAGAGAUGCCAGCUCAACAAAGCGUGCAUGCCGAGGAAGAGGAAGGCCAUUGGCCUCGUUACCUGGUGGCUUGCUUCGAUACGACUCUGCUUCUUGAGGAGGCUUUGAAACAUGUUGAGUCAUAUUGAUUCCCUGUCAUUUUAUCCCUCAUAAGUGCUUGUCUUGCUGUAAAUUUUCUUACCUUCAAUGAAUGAAUGAAUGAUUGAAUUG